AUGAGCGGCUUCAGAGGGGUUAUGAAAGAGGGCUGGCACCCUAAAGGCCGAGAGGGGAAGAAGGAAGGUUGGAGGAAUGAUUUCAAAGGCAUCAAUCAAGUGGCCGGAUGGAUGGGUAAAGGAAAGGACAAGGACGAGCGUGAAGAGCAUGUCGCCGUACCACUCUCAUCCUUGAAGGAUCCUGCCUCUUUUGGACCACCACCGAAGCACAUCAAGUACCACGGCGCCGGAGCGCUCCCGAACGAACUCACACCUGAUCGGAGAGGCCUGGGUGCCCCCUUAUCAGAAGAUCAGAUUCAACAACAACACGCACGACAGCAGGAGGAGGAGCAAGCUCGAAACGAUGAGGCUCAGAAGCCAGCAGCUCCUCCCCUACCAUAUCGAGUGAACCGGACAGGACUAGAUACCGCCAACCUACCCCCGCCCCCAGUCAGGCGCGUGGACUCUCCGGUGGACUCUGUGACAUCUGCAAGCUCCAAACCAAAACCCAGCGUUCCACCUCGACUUCCGUCCCGGGCCAGCUCAACACUAUCCUCGCAGCCGCCCACUCCGCCUCCCGCAUAUUCCACACAGCCGUCAACAACUAAACCUCUUGAAGGAUACCUGAAUCAGAAUGCCACUUCUAACCUCUCUCGAUCCGGUAUCUCAGUGCCUGCUCUCGGAAUUGGGAGUGAUAGCAGGCCUUCCGGCGCUGCUUCGCCACCAACUGCGGGCCCAGUUGGUCAAGCUCCGGUCAAUGAGCUCCAGUCACGCUUUUCUCAGUUGAGAACUACAUCCUCCUCCCCAGCACCUCCUCCACCAGCACGAGGAAGUACAUACGCAAACGAAUCAUCGCCUGUUUCUGCCACUCACGCACGGAGUGGUUCUGCGUCGCUCAACGACUUUCGCGAGCGACAUGGUGACAAAAUCGAUGCCGGCAAACAAAGGCUAAACGGACUCAAUGAGAGAUACGGAAUCUCGCAGCGGGUCAACAAAUUCUUCGAUGAUCAGAAGUCCCCAAGUGCUCAGGUGCCCCCGGUGCCCCCGCACCCGGUUGUACAUCGUUCCUCGUCAAGCAUCGACUCCUUGGGCCAGAGAAAGGCUCCGCCGCCGCCGCCUCCAAAGAAGGCGGGCAUGCGAUCAACACCUGUCAAUAGCACGGGUUCUGCGCCGCCGCCUGUUCCGUUUAACACCAAACCCCGCUGA